AUGGCUCAGCCCAUGACUGCUCACUCAAGCUUUUUCUAUCUUGUCGAGAACAUUCCGGAUUGGCAGAAAGAAGUCGACCUUUUGACCGAACGAGCUUCCGCUAAGAAUGGAGAGUUCAGGGCGGAUUACACUCGACUUGUAAAUCAAAUCAAGACACGACGUAAAAAAUCGCCCUCCAUCACCUCCAUCCAUACUCUCGACGAUUUCGAACGGCCGAGCUCCGAGCAUGCUUCUCUCGGUGCACCAACUGAUACUAAGGAUCUACCUUCACCUCCCGACUGUCUUGAGAUUGACCCUUUGGAGGCUGGAAAUCGGCAUCUCUAUUCCCAGUCACGGAGGAAAAGGAAGACUGGCCCUUCAGUUCGCUCAGGAGCCUCUGGGCCUCCAAAGAGCCGGGCCAAGAACCAAGUUGUGGUAUACUAUGAUGGCUUCCUUCAGGAACACCUAGACGCCUUGGUGAAGCAGGUGGGAAGUGGACGAAAUAACCUCCGGAAAGGAAAAAACGCCCUUGUAGCUGCCCAGGGCUUCAAGCUCCCAUCCCUCACCCGCCCAACAGCUCCAGGCUACACCUCUAUUGAAGAUAUACGAAGCACACUGACCUCGCGCAGUACACCUGGAUUAUUGGCUGGAAAGAAGCUAGCCCUCACCGUCCAACCCGACACUCCUGACCAUGAAACUGCAUUUCUUCGAGUCGAUAAGGAGCUCGAGUCAGUGCAGUCACUUUGUGAAGUGGCCGCCCAUCAAUUCCUUCGAGAUGGUGAUUGUCAGACCGAAAUGGCCUCCAUCAAGCAGAAGCUGCGAGACAUCUUAGGACGUGCAACGGCCACAGCUGAAGAUCUAAAGAAACUUGCCGAUGAACAGUCGAGCCAUAUCUCCAAUGUUCAAGGGGAUACUCAACACGGUGCCUCGGAUUAUAGUCCACCUUCCACCUUUGCCCUCGAGCCAUCGUGGGCUCAUCCACAUAAAUUAAACUCACAGCCUCCACACGCCAUCAACAACACACUGAACGACAUGACGGCUCGAGGGAUGUUCUUCAGUGCCCCGGAUAUUUCGUUUGGUUCACCUCAAGCACCUAUAGUUGCCGACGAUAUUGAGGUUGACGAUGAGAGUGACCAAGAGGACAUCCUGGUGGAUAUCACCGCCUUCCGCCUAGCCAAGGCAAGACAAACACGAGUAUAA